AUGCCUCUUGACACCUCCCUCUACCCUCUCACCCUCCUCCGCCCUGACGGCCGGCGCUGGAACGAGCUCCGCCGCCUGCACGCCCAAAUAUCCACCCAAUCCGCCGCAGAUGGCUCCGCCUACCUCGAAAUGGGUAACACCAAAAUUCUCUGCAUAGUGACCGGUCCAAACGAGCCGCGAGGUGGCGGACAGCAGCGCCGCGAAGGCCGUGAGCGUGAUGAAGCCCAGAUCCAUGUCGAAAUCAACCAAGCCGGGUUCGCGGGGACGGACAGAAAGAAGAGGGGAAAGGGUGACAGAAGACUCAUGGAAAUGGGUAGUACGAUCGCUUCUGCGAUGGCGACGGCGUGCUUUUUGAACCUUUUUCCGCAUUCGACUGUCCAUGUGACGUUGCAUGUGUUGAGUGUGGAUGGGCCGGUGCUGGCGCCUUGUAUCAAUGCUACCACGCUCGCGCUGAUUGAUGCGGGGAUACCGACGAGGGACUAUGUAUGUGCGUGCACGUGUGGGCUGAGCCCGCUGGCGCCGGGGGUCAUGAGAAGGGAGGGGGAGAGUCAGGAUCCUUUGCUGGAUUUGAAUGGCAUGGAGGAAAUGGAAGUACCAUUUCUGACGGUGGCGACUUUAGGGGAGGAAGGGGAUAAGGUCGUGGUGUUGAACAUGGAGCGGAGGGUGAGGAUGGAGGCCGUGGAGGGGAUGUUGGCUACGGGGAUUGAAGGUUGUAGGAGGGUGAGGGGUUUAUUGGAUCAGGUUGUGAGGGAGCGAGGGGGUGCCGUAAUUGCUGCUGGCAGUGGGACUUGA